AUGACUCCCAAACCUCCCAAGGGUCAAUUCACAGUCCUCUACUUUGCCAGUGCCGGGUCCUAUACGGCCAGAGAACACGACUACUUCACCGCGCCCCUGCCCAUUAGUAAACUGUUUGGCACCCUGGAGGAGAAGCACAGUGGCAUCCAAGCCAAGAUUCUCGACUCAUGCCUCGUGACUGUGAACCUAGAAUAUGUCGACAUACCGGAAAAGGACGAUGAUCCAGAGCAGGUUGUGAUCAAGGAGGGUGAUGAAGUUGCUAUCAUACCUCCCGUCAGUUCUGGCUGA